AUGUCGAACUUCAUUCCGGGAGCUUUCCCCACAACAGCUUCAUCAUCAACGACAGCUGUUUCAUUUAAGACUGCCUCCUCAGUCAGCUUAUCGGAUUCGGCCGCAUAUCCUGGUAGUGGACCUCAACCGAAAAAACGGGAUAACCAAGCAUAUAUUCAGGAGCAGAUGCUCCUGCGGCGGGCCGAGUUUAUCCGGCAGAAGAGGAUUAGGAUAAAGAUUGGGUCUUGGAAUGUUGCUGCGGUUCAAGGAUGCGAGAAGGAUCUAAGUGAUUGGAUUGUGGAUAAGAAGAGAGAUAUGCGUACUGUUUCUUUGGCAAAUUAUGUUGAGGAUGAGGCGGACAUGGCCAAUGGAGAUGAUGUUGGAAUAUAUGUUAUUGCGUUACAAGAGGUGGUCGAUGUAACUGCUACAGAAAACUUCAUAAAGUAUAUUGAUCCAAAGAUUUCCCUAAAUUGGAAAGCACAUGCUCAGGCAGCUUUACCCAACGGAUAUGUAUGCGUAGCAUCCCCACAGCUGAUCGGAGUCCUACUGCUCGUUUUCGUUUCACCUCGUCUUAUGUCGGUAGUGGGAUCGGUUUCAAGCACUACAGUCGGUACCGGACUGAUGGGCUAUGUAGGAAAUAAAGGAGGCGCCGCGGUACGGUUGGUGCUCGGAGAUACCCUGAGACUGGUAUUUGUGGAUGUUCAUUUAGCAGCCUUUGUGAACAACACCGACCGGCGGAACUGGGAUGCGGCAGAAAUCGUUCGACGAGCCAACUUUGAGCCAGUAGCCAAAAACUUUGUUGGUCUCGACGACGAUGAUGCGAGAAAUGAUCAAAAAAACUCCCAACAACCUGCGGGUGAGACUAUCGACAAUGCUGACGUUGUUAUCUGGUGUGGGGAUCUGAAUUAUCGGGUUGAUCUUCCGAAUGAUGAUAUACGACGGCUGUUUUCCUCAUACAUGCCAAAAGAUCUGCCGCCAACACAUGAUAGCCCAGGACCAUCCGUGCCUUCUACACCAGUGAUGCGAUCUCCACCAAGUUUUGAUUUUCCUAAUAAUAAAAAUUUUCCGCCUCCUCCUAAUGAGGUACAUCCAGAAGCCGGCUUAACCCUAGAAGAAACGAUCGAUAAUAUCAUGCAAUAUGACCAGCUUCGAAAACAACAAAGGGAGUCGAAGGCUUUUGCUGGAUACAAGGAGGGAAAUAUUAAGUUCCUUCCUACCUACAAAUACGAUGUCGGGACAGUCGGGACAUGGGACUCUAGUGAGAAAGCAAGAGUGCCCAGUUGGUGCGAUCGCGUGUUGUGGAAGGUUAAGGGUGCCGAUGGAGACCGCAUCAAGGGCAGGAUAAGGAGCAGAACCAGGAGUUCAAGCAUUCUAACUUCUACUGGGGAAGUAAUAUUUGAAACAAGUGACUCUGACGAAGAAGAUCUGGUCGUUUCUAGAGGCGAAACUUCAGUCCCUCACGCACCGAGCGUUAAGAAAUUGCCGAUAUCAAGCUUCAAGACAGGUUCCGGUGAAGUCAAGCUAGAACAAAUAUAUUAUUCUUCUAGUCAGAAUAUUUCAUCAUCAGACCAUAAACCAGUCAUUUCGCUGUUCGAGCUGACGUUCCCGUCCGUUAUUUCCGAUCUCAGAACAAAAACACACGCAGAUGUGGCACGGGAGGUUGAUAAAGUCGAGAAUGAGCGGCGACCAAUCGUAACAGUGAUUGUCGAUCCUGUGGAGAACCAAGAGUAUGAGGAAGGAGUGGUAGACUUCGGACGUGUCAGGCUCGGCCAAAAUAUAAGCCGAUCCAUCACCAUUGCAAAUACUGGGGCAACAGAGGCCGUAGUAAGAUUUGUUGGAAAACCAUCAGCAAACGACGGCGCUGCAGAAACUCCAACAGCAUGGUUGAAAGAGGAAAAGGUUUUCAAGGAUUGGUUGUCAGUGGAUUUCUCUGACGGCGGAAAAGAAAUGAAGGGGGGAGGUGUACAAUUGCAGCCCGGUGACACAUGCUCUAUAACUUUGUCACUCCUAAUUGAGAAAUUAGAGGAUAUUAGGAACCUGAACGAAGGAAAGGAAACUCUCAUGGACGUUCUCGUAUUGCGGGUUGAUGGAGGUAGAGAUGUUUUCUUGCCACUGGGUGGAGAGUGGGUUCAAACUGGUUAUGGGAGAAGCUUGUCCGAGCUUAUCAAAGUUCCUGAGGGAGCUGGUGGAAUAAGAGGUUGGAUCGAAUCUGGAUCUAAAGGCGAAGUGUUAUAUUCGGCUCCAAGGGAGCUCUAUAAGAUGACCGAAUUCUUAUUGAGUCAUAUGCGAGACAUUGCUGUCGGCGAUGGGAGAUGGUACUCAGAACCCGGAUGGCCUUUCGUAGAGGAGACUUGGGGCCUCAACAAGGAGAAGAGGCAAAUGCUCAACACCGGUGUCUGGGAAUGCCUUGAUAGAGACUUGGAUCUUAGUAACCAGGAUGCUUUACGCAUUGCCCUUGAGCUAGAGGAAGAUGAAGAAUUUAACCCAACAGACGAGGAUCUCGUCGAAGUGGUUGCAGGGGUACUUAUGCAAUGGCUCCGAGGUUUGAAAGAGGGUAUUGUACCCGUAGAAAUUUGGCAAGAUAUCUUCAAAGCUGGUGGUGAGAGGAAGUUAGCAGAACAGGUUCUCGAUAAAUUAUCUUCACAAUUUUCCUCCGUACACGCCAAUGUUUUCGUGUACCUAACCGGAUUCCUCAUGGAUAGUAUAUCCACAUUAUUAUCUCCUCGUCCUCUAGGCAGAGCACCUACGAUUGUGAGAGUACCUACAGUUAACGAGAGGGAAGAGCCUCCAAUGUCUCCAAUGUCACCAAUGUCUCCAAUAGCUUCUGCCGCGGCGAUGGCAUUUCCACUCCGAAAACCAUCUAGAGAGGUUAUCAUCAGAAGAAGGGUACUAGAGGCGUUUGCAGAAGUGAUUAUUCGGAGGCCAUUACCUACCGGGGGGGAGAAGAAAGGAAAAGCAGACGAUCAAGAAAAAACAAAAAGAGCAGCGUUUUUGGAGACCUUCGUAGUAGGUGUCUAA